CCGCCAGCCAACUCUGUGGCAAAGGUAAGAUCCGCCCGGCGAAUCCGUAAAUCCCAGCAAAGAAACAGUCCGUCCAAUCCAAUGGGUGAGGAACAUUAAUUCAAUAAGCAGAUUCUCAAAACUACAAACCAAACACUCUUCUCUCCCUUCAGUUUUGUUUGUUUGUUUCAUUGUUUGUUUGCCCCGUUGGUUGGAAGUCUUGGAAGUUAGCUAGGGUUUUACUAUUUUCCCACGCCAAUUCAAGACACAAGGCCACGAAGCUUCCGCCUCGCAAGAAACUACAUCAUUUUCUUGUCCCGUCUCUGCUGGCUCCUCCUUCCUGACGCGCAUCAGAGGCCCCCAGAUCGAACCUUCUCAUCUGGGGUUUUCUUCGCCUAAAAGAAAUUUUGUUUCUUUCCCAUUGAACUUGGGUUUCUGGGUUGUCGCUGGUGGUGCUACCAAGAAGCAGCCGCAAUGGUGAGGUUAAUGAGGAGCUGCGUUCAAUCAAUACUCAAGCUGGUGAAUUCGGUGGUGGGUAUGGUUGGGUUGGCCAUGGUGUUGUAUGCGGUUUGGUUGAUCAAGGCUUGGCAGAGAGAAAUUGGCGAAUUCCCCUUUGGAGAAGACGAGAACUACCCUGCUCCAUGGUUCAUUUACUCUUUCCUAGGUCUUGGCGCUACUUUAUGUGUCAUCACAUGUUUAGGCCAUGUUUCUGCAGAAACCGCUAAUGGUUGUUGCCUUUAUCUGUAUAUGAUGUUCAUGUUCGUGCUUGUAAUGGUGGAGGCUGCUGUGACCGCAGAUGUAUUUCUGAACCGUGAUUGGGAAAAGGACUUCCCAAAAGACCCAAGUGGGAGUUUUGAUAAGUUCAAAGACUUCAUUCGGUUGCACUUUGAGAUAUGCAAGUGGGUGGGCUUGUCAAUUGUGGCUGUCCAGGGACUAUCCGUUCUCCUCGCAGUGAUGCUCAAAGGCCUUGGCCCACAUCCAUAUUAUGACAGUGACGACGAUUACAUUCCAGAAAGAUCACCACUUCUGAGGCAUCGUGUUUUCCCCCCUGGGUAUGUCGUUGGUAACCCUAUCCUUGCACCCAGAACCGACACAUGGAGUAUAAGAGUCAACGAGAAGGUCAGGUAAUUGGAUCCGAAUCAUCGAUUGGAAUUUGCAGCAGAAGAGUAUGGAGAGGUAGUAGAAAACCAGAAUAUGGGAAAGACGGAAGGCCAUGUGUUAGUACUUAGUUGUUGCCCAGGACCACCCUAUUGCACACUUGUGAAUAUUUCCCACCAUAACCAAGGUUUCACUAAUGACGCUAACAUCAUAUGAUCAGAAUAGGGUUUGAACAUCUGUGUUCUAGUUUACUGUUUCUGAAGUAGAAAGCUGCUAUCUUCCUCAUCAUGUUGAUAUAACUGAAUGUAUCCAUGGAUCCAUAUGCAUUUUUCUGGGGUUUGCUUGUGUUGUGAAUUUGUGGUUCAGGGGUGUUUACCGAUUGAAUACUCUAAUUAGGAUGGGAAGCACAAAAAGAUAAACAGUAGUUUGCAUGGAUCCAAAAUCAAAUAGAACACAAAAUUCUGAC